UGAGAUCGAUUUCGUCGACUUAUGUUAGUGAAAUUUUGAUUGCCGCGAAGAUUUGCACAAAUCCCCAAUCCCUCUCCUUCAGCUUUCAGCUUCGAAACUGUAUCACCGGACACAAGUUUCAAUUGCAUAGAAGUAGAGACAAGGAGAGACUCAGUGAGAGAGAGAGAGAGAGAGAUCUAACAAGAGUGAAGUUUUUGAGUUUUUUCCCUUCUGAGUUAAUUUUGUUGGCCUGAGAUGAAUAAUUCUUAAGAAGGAAGAAGAAGAACGAAGAUGCGUAGAGAGAUCUCGUUUUUGCUACAGCCCAGAUGCCUUCUUCUCCUCGUUGCCCUUACUGUUUUCCUCGUCUUCGCUCUCUCUAACACCGGAAAAGAUGAGGAGAAGCAAAUAAUCGAAGAUCACGAAAUCACCCACAGGGUAUUUCUCGAUGUUGAUAUUGAUGGCCAACGCUUAGGCAGGAUCGUGAUCGGACUAUAUGGCACUGUUGUACCCAAAACCGUUGAAAAUUUCAGAGCUUUAUGCACAGGAGAGAAGGGAAAAUCCUCAAGCGGAAAGCCUUUACAUUAUAAGGGAACACCGUUUCAUCGUAUAAUAUCUGGAUUUGUAAUCCAAGGAGGAGACAUUGUCAGUGGUGAUGGAAAAGGGAGUGAGUCAAUUUAUGGUGGUACCUUCCCUGACGAAAAUUUCAAGAUAAAGCAUUCACAUGCAGGUGUUGUAGCGAUGGCUAAUACAGGACCUGAUUCUAAUGGCUCGCAGUUCUUUAUCACUACUGUUAAGGCUAGCUGGUUGGAAGGAGAACAUGUGGUGUUGGGGAAGGUGAUACAAGGAAUGGACAAUGUAUUUGCCAUUGAAGGUGGAGCUGGAACUUACAGUGGCAAACCCAGGAAAAAAGUUGUGAUCGCUGAUUCUGGAGAGAUUCCUAAAGAGAAAUGGGAUGAAGAAAGAUGACAAAAGACGACCUAAAAAUACACAUCACUUCAAAAUCUGGUUCUGUUCCUGUGAGAUUCUCUCUGUGUUUUUUUUUUUUUUCUACUUAUAGUAUCGCACAUGCGAUAAUCUGAAUUCUGAACACAAUGCCAAUGUAGUUAGUGUCUAAAGCUGGAAGCACCUGUAGCUUUUCACUUAAAGUUUUUCAUAAGUUUCAUUGUAGACUUUAUUUAUAUGACCUUUUAGUUCACUCUACAGCUAUGUAGAUAAUGAUAUCAUUAUUUUCAGGUUUCA